CACGAGUAUCGAUCAGCCAACACACCACCUGCUAUCAUCUCCCCCCGACAGGAACAAGACAUACUGAAGAAAACCACCCAACAUUCCCGAUCUCAUUCCUCGCUGCCUGCAACAAAGCCCCGGAUUAAUUAAUUGGCUUCGCUCUGCGUCUCCUGCCCCGUGCUGCCUCGGAAUAAAUCCCACUCCAAACGCCCGAAAUCAAAUCCGGGGAAGCUUUCCAGCUAAACCUGCGAUCCGCUCCGAUCAUCAUCAAUCAAAUCAAUCCACCGCGUCCCCUUUUCGGACACUUUAAGGAUCUCGACUUGACCUUUUCCACGCUCGUUUUUGCUUCUCAUUUGUCGCUCCUUUGAUUCCCUUUGUAUACAUACGCCUUUCUCCAUGCGGAUCGACCGCGUAACCCGGUGCCAAACCCCGCUCUGAUGAAGGAGAAAGGCCUCUCUCUCUUAUCUUCAUCUCAUCAUGUCGGACUCUGUUGAUCGAGUCUUCGUCCAUGCGUUGAAUACCGUCAAAAGGAUCCCGCGGACGGGCACCGCGCGACCUCCGGCGGCGGAGCGGCUGAAGCUAUAUGGACUAUACAAACAGAGCAUGGAGGGUGAUGUAGAAGGGGUGAUGGAUCGACCGGUCGGAAAUACAGCGGAUGUCUAUGCGGAGUGCGAGAAAUGGGAUGCAUGGUUCGCCCAACGCGGCCAGACCCGCACACAAGCUAAGAGACGCUACAUUUCCACCUUGAUUGAUACAAUGCACCGCUACGCAUCGCAAACGCCCGAGGCCCGUGAACUCGUCGCCGAACUUGAGUUUGUCUGGGACCAGAUCAAGUCGAAUACCUCUUCUCUAUCGUCGAUGUCUAGUCCCGUACAUCAGUCCGUCGGUGUACCCCCAUUGCCACGGCAGAGUUAUGCGAGUAUCGGGGGGCGACUAGCACGGCCGGAGUAUGAGGAUAUGAUUGCCACUGCGCGAGGUGAUUCCAGCUUACGGGUUCUGAGUCCCGUUAGUCAACCGGAUGGUAUUUGUCAGCGACGUGGAUCUGGGGUGGUGAAUUCGGGUGAUGGGGUAGAGGACGAGGUGGUGGAAGAAGAAUUGGAGGACGAAGAUGAUGAGGACGAGGAGUACGAGGAAGCCCAGGAUACCCUUUACGAGGAUGAUGAGCAUAACCAUGAGAGUCACAUAUCCGAUGAUGAUGACGGGGCUCUACAGCGAGGCAGGGGAAGAACACCCGCCGGCGCCAAACCUCCCGGCGAUAUUGAUAGCCGACGAUGGCGACGGAGAGUCGAGCAGGCCUUGACCAAGAUGACCGCCGAGGUGGCCGCCGUCCGGGAGCAAAUGGAGGUGCGUGCGCUGGCCAACCGGCGCCGGAACAGUCUCUUUGCUUGGGUCAAGUGGUUGGUCUGGGUGACCCUGCGCCAGAUCAUCUGGGACAUAGCCAUGCUGGGCGUGUUGCUGAUCUGGAUGCGGCUCAGGGGAGACCGACGACUCGAGCAGAAGCUCAAGGUUGGAUGGUCUGGGGUGAAGAGUCGACUGACGAGAUUGAGCUUUCUGAGACGGUUUCGUCGGGCUCCUACGCUUCCCUAG